AUGGCCGCAACUCAAGGUUCCCAAACACAAUACCAUCACUUCAUACCACAGUUCAUUCUCAAAAAUUUCUCUCAUAGAUAUGCUCCUCCGCAACUCAACUCCAGGUCCACUUCAGGGCGAAAAGCGCGGAACACGAAGACCAAGCUUUACAGAGGUAGUCCAGUGCUAAAUAUUCUUGACCUCGAAGGCAAGGUGCCACAACUGAACGAGUCGCCGGUCAAACGCACUUUUGGGCUGUUAAACAUGUAUCAAGACCUCUCGAACGUAUCCGACUUCAACUACCUGGAGAAGGAAAUUGGUAAACUUGAGUCGCGGGUCAGUGUGCUCAUAGCUGGAAUCAGAGACGCCCUUGGUUCCGGAAAAGGUGAUUACUCAAUGUCUCGCCCAGAAAGAGAUAUGCUACGCAAGUUCAUGUUCAUAAUGAAGUAUCGGGGGCCAGGCUUCUAUCGUCGUUUCCAUGGCGACAAGUCGGGCAAUUACAAGCAGGAUGAUACAGACAAGUUCAAGGCAUACAUGCAAGAGAAAGGAUAUCAAAAGCCAGUUGACGUAUGGUUUCAGAGCAUCAAGACCAUUCUCAAUCUGGAGAUGGAUUUGGAUGGGAGUUGGCAGAAACAAUUGCUCAGAGACAUCUACCCAAGCGACGCGAUGUGGUUUAUAAUGCACACGGAAUGGUAUUUCCUCGCAUUUUGCACCCCGUCAGAUCCGAAUGAUGAGUUUAUCCUGACGGAAAACUGCUACAAUAUUCACGAAGGCCCAAACAGUACCGCACUGAAUCCGAAUACGGGAGAGUACGAUGUUGUUUGUUGGACAUCAUACCACGAAUUCAGUCCCAUCACUCCAAAGCUCAUGUUCAUUUUGAGAAGUUGUACACUUCCCAACGCGGAAGAAGAUCGUAGUGAGAGCAUCAAAGAAUGGCGAACAAACAUGUAUGAAAUGAGCCGUAGUCAACAUUCCAACCCUGCCACCGCCAUAUCGACACUAGAAGAUCUACCCAUUAGGAAGCCACAGAACUCGUAUUCUCGCAUCACUCCCCAAGGGAUUCGGCUCUUGCCAGGUGAAGAUGGUUCCCGUCGUUCAAACCACCGGUUCACUUUUCCGUUCUGCAAGAUAGAUACGGACCAAGUUCACAGGAUCAACUACGUUAUGCUUGAGAAUGCACAUCGCACAAUGGCGAUAUCAUACAAGUCUGCGCCAUCCCUGAUGAGAUCCAUAAAACACUAUCUUGAGCUACCCGCUGAUCGGUCCUGCAAGCACAUUUAUCGCCAGGACACCGAUGGGCGUUUGGUGUACUUGAGAAAACUCGAGACUAUCGUCAGAAACUUCGGGAUCGACGUGAAUAUGGUUUACAGGGAAGUUCCCGGGGUAAAUGAGCAGGAGUGCUUGAAGAAAGAGGCGCUGGAUCAGCUAGAGAAAGAAAUGCUCGAAUAUAUUCCUCAGCAGCCUCCAGAGUUUAUGAUACCCUACAAAAAGCUUGGAGGCACUCGCGAAACAUUCAUCACAGACAUGUAUCAAGCUGAGAAGAUGCGUUUCUUGCGAAUCAAAGUCGAUGUCUGUACCCGAGGCUUUCGCGAAACGAUAAGAGAGAAAAUACGCGACAAUCUCAGAGACAUAUUUUGCCAGCUUCCUACCCGUCGUUUCUGGAUAUAUCUCAAAUCCCUCAGGGUAAUGUCAUUGAGCUCACCAGAAACAUUUGAGGAACAGUUUGCUUCCAUGGAUAACAUGCAAGGACCAGAAGAUGUGAUUGUCAAAGCUACCCAUGUUGUGCGUCCGGAAUGCCUUGGUCUCCUCCUACAUUUCACGGUCAUGCAGGAUAUACAACACCGACUGAACCCAGGCCUUGGUCCUUCAUCGGACUUCUCUCUCGACGACAUCGGGUUUCUACGUCUGAGGAAGAUCACUAAUCUGACUUUCUCUAGUGUGGGAAGCAUUUGCAAUUGUGGGAUCAAGCGUGUCGAGGAAAUCGCGAUCACCAUAUUAAAUAUGGCGCGGGCGACGCAGAUGUAUAAACCAUACAUGAAUCCCGUCUGGAGCAACGACGAAAACAUUGAGUUAUUCGUGAGGACAUCUGUACGGGGACAGAUGAGCAAAAGUCUGUCCGACCAACUGGAUAGCCAGGUACUGGAAGAGCUGAGUGAUGUUCUCUUCAACAUUGUGUAUCCAACAUAUACAAAGAUUUUGAAGUCUUAGCUUGCGUCGAAAUGUGGUGUGCUCAACUUUGUAGUACACGGACAGCUUAGCAACAGGGAC